CUAGUUCUACAUUCCAUACACUGUGAAUUUGAGGUGCGUUUGUAGAUUCUCCCUCAUGUGGUAUCUGAAAGCUCAGCUAUCCAGUCCCUCUGAAAAGACAUAGUUGUUCACUUGUUUACUGCAUUCAACAAACCUGUUUAUUCAAACCUGUUCAAAACUUUAAACUUGAAAUAACUCUCUUAAACAUGGAAACUCACAUCAUUUUUAAACAAGUCCAAAAGAUGAGACCAUCCUGCUUCUCUGAAGAAGAGCAAUGUCGCUACAAAGCAGAGAAAAUGAUGCUGAGGCAGUUUAUGCUCAUGAAGCAGCAGGGUCAAGUUCCUGAUUAUUUAUCUGUCAGAGACAUAAAGACCUGGCUGUUGAGAGGAAGAAGCUUCCUGGAGGAGUUUCAGGAAAUAAUUGAGAGGAUAGGGAAAAAUAACCUGUUCAUGGCUGAAUUGGCCUGGACCACAGUGAGGCACUUCUGUCUCAAUCAGAUGGAAGAAGAGCUCCUGGAGGAACUGGACAAAGAAAAGCAGCUUUCACAGCUGUUGGGCAGGAAAGUCACAUUGGAGGGCCUUCAGAUGUUUGUCUCAGUCGUCCACCCAGCAGCAGAGGAGGAUGUAAAAACCUUCCUUCCAUCUCUGCACAGCAAGCUGCUAAGAAUCUUUGGUGGCAUUCAGAUCACCAGCCAUCCUCUCUCUGAAGGGGACGCAAAACCAGCAGAGCUCUUGGAGCUUGGACAGAGUGCUGCAUCCUUGGUGCCAGAGGUGGUGGACACUGCUCUGAGGUUCCUCCUGGAGGAACCAGAGCUAAAAGACAAGUGUAAACUUGCCAGUGCUAAGAUUGGCAAACUGCUGACAAACUCAGCAGCUCCUUGCCUUUCUCAGUUUGGAUCUGUGUCUAGAACUGUUAUGCUCAGUGUCUGCACUAGAGCUGCCCGAUCCAUCGUGAAAGCCAUCUUUGAGAUGUUUGAUGAGCGCUCCAAGUCCUUCCACCAGAUGGACUAUGAUGAAAGCCUUUUCUCUGCCAGAUAUUGUAUUGUGUCUGUGCUAUCCAGGAGGUGGGAAAUAAAAAGAACCUUCAGCUCUGCACCUCAGAGGGGCAGGAAGAGGGACUUCUUGAGAAGAGAAAGGUUUCUCCACAAGAGGAUGAAAAUAUGGCCACUGCUCCAAAUGAUGUGACCGAGGACACAUUCUUAGUCAGACCGGAUGCCAGUGUGGCUGUGUUCUUGGCUGAUGAGCUGGAAGAACUGCAGAGGGAAGAUGUGAAGGAAUCUCACAGAGAAGAAACCCUGGUUCAGGACACUGCCAUCCAAAACAUGGACCACGGAGUGCAAACAGAUACAUCCACCCAUGGUCACGUUGGCCUGUGGAGUUCAGAGAGGCUGGAAGACCAACUACUGGAGAAGAGGGAAGCCUCCCCAGGAGUCCCUGAGGAUGAAGAGUUGGCCAUCAUCCAGUAUCAUUUGACUGAGGUAUCAUCCUCAGUCAAUCUGCAGACCAGUGUGGCCGUGAACAUGACAGGUGAAAUAAAAUUACUGCAGCAGGAAGAAGUGGAGACAUCUAAGACACAAUCCCUUGUUCAGGACUGUGAUGCGAAGAAGAAGAAGGGAGUGCGUGCCUUCUUCCAUGGUGUCUGGAAAAUGAUGACAUGCUGCUUUAGUGCAUCCACUAAGGACUAAAUCUCAUCGAGAAUGUGGCUUGUUUUAUUCCAACAAAAAUUCAACAAAAAUCCAUGUAUCGUUCAAUAUUCUUUUCAUUAUAGCAUUUAGUCUUUUUUUCUUUUUCUUUCUUUUCUUCUAUUAUUCUG